AUGUCGAAGACCCCGACGUUCGAAGAGACCACCGGCUGCCAGAAAGCCCUAUUUGAAUGGGCCGACAGCUAUGACACCAAAGACUGGGAGCGACUGAGGGAAGCCGUCGCCCCAACGCUCAGAGUAAUGCCCCACCUGACCAAUCUAAGCGGCUCGAUUUUAACCCCAAGACAGAUUGACUACAGCUCCUUUCUCAAUAAGAUCUGGGAAGCCAUGCCGCGCGACGAGUUUAUCCUGAUGGCCUCGAACCCGCACUUCCUGGGCAAUCCGCUUCUCAAAACGCAGCAUUUUGUCGGGCUGAGCACGUGGGAGAAGGUGAGCGAGGACCAGAUUGUUGGUCAUCACCAACUCCGAGUGGCGCAUCAGCGGUAUACCGAUGAUGGGUUUAAGGAGGUGGCGGUCAAGGGCCAUGCACAUGGCACGGCCACAAUGUGGUAUGCGAAGGCCGAGGGGGAGUGGAAGUUUGCGGGUGUUGGUCCGAAAGUCAAUUGGACCGAGUACGAUUAUGAUAAGGUGUUUGCGGAUGGGAAGGAGCAUUUUGGGGAGAAUGGUGAGAAUGGCGAGAAUGAGCAUUAA